AUGACCCAAAGUAUGUUUGAAACCUUCAGAACCCCAGUCAUGUAUGUUUCUAAUCAAGCUGUAUUAUCAUUAUAUGCCUCAGGUUGUAACACCAGUAUUGUUAUUGAUUCAGGUGAUGUAAUGAAAAAGAUAUCCUCAGAGAUAUCAAAAAAAUUAGCCUACGUCGCCUUAGAUUUUGAAACUGAAAUGCAAACUUCUGCCUCAUCAAUUGCUUUUGAAAAACCAUACGUAUUACCGGAUGGUCAACUCAUCACCAUUGGUAAAGAACUUUUCCGAUGUCCAGAAGCCUUAUCCCAACCAUCAUUCUUAGGUAUGAGGUCAGAUGGUAUCCACAAAACUACUUACAACUCUAUCAUGAAAUGUGAUGUUGGUAUCAGUAAAGAUUUAUAUUAUAAUAUCGUCUUAUCAGGUGGUUCAACUAUGUUCCCAGGUAUUGCUGAUCAUAUGUUCAAAAAAUUAACUGCUUUAGCCCCAUCAGCCACAAGGGUUAAAAUUGUUUCUCCACCAAAAAGUAAAUACUCAGUCUCGGUUGGUGGUUCAAUUUUAGCUUCACUCUCAACUUUUCAACAAAUGUGGAAUAUGAAGAAAGAGGUCCAUCAAUCGUCAAUAUUGACUUUCUCUGCCAACUAUUUUGUAAACAGUGAAUUAUUUUACUUUUUCUUAUAA